AUGCCGGCAUGUAUGCAGCGCCGAGGGAAGCAGCAGAAGGCGCAGCCACAGGACCCUCCCGCGAGCUACCUCGAGAAGCUCGUGCAUGUCCAGCAACAACAGCAACAAGAGCAGCAGCAGCAAGAAGGAGGAGGAAGGCCGGAAGACGCCGUCAGGGUUGACAGAGACUCCACCCACAUCGCUCUCGCGGCCGCGCCUGGCGACGUCGGCCCCCGAUGGCAGCCUCUCGGGGCGCCCUCCCGACCGGACAAAACCACCACCGCCGGCGGCGCUGGUGAUGGAACGGGGGGUGACGCGGGUGAUAACGGUUUCGGUGCGGGGGUUGUUGCUGCUGCUGCUGGCGGGGAGGUCGUUGGCGGGAUCAGCGGCAAACUAGGCAGCAGCGCAGGCGGCCGCGUGUUUUACGCGGGAGGUGCUCUCGGAGGGGUAGACGCUGCCGCUCGCGCUCGUGCCGCUGGGGAAGGUGAUGUGGAGCGGGCGGGAACGUGGGGGGCUUCCGGAGAGUCCCACCCCGUCACCUUCGACGACGAGAGCGACUUCAGCGUGGUGUAUCCUGUCGCCGCCGCCGCCGCCGCCGCCGCCGGACCGAAGGCACCGAAGGCAUCCUCCCUCGAGAGCGACACCCGUAAGGCUAGGGGGGUGGGUGAGACAUCGAUGCUGACUGACCCCGAUGAUGGAAGGGGACCAUCCGACGGGAUCAUCGGUGCUGAUGGUGAUGGCGGUGGUAGCAGCGAAGUUCGUGGGAGGCGGGUAGAGGGCAACGGCGCGCCGGAAGGCGAGCGCUCGGCUGUGGGAGUUGCUGUGGACGAGAGCGAGGGACUGACGCAGCCCGAACAUCUAGGACUCGAUGCGGAGGAAGGCAGAAGCGACGCCGAAGGUUCCACGUCGGUGUACGACCAGCAGGCGCACAAGCAGAGGGAUGAGGAUAACAAGAAGGAGAAGGAGGAGGACGGUAAGGAGGAGGAGGAGGAGGAGGAGGAGGAGGAGGAGAAAGAGGAGGGGGACAGGGGCGAACAGGGCGACGCGGGAGAGAACAAGGGGGACAGACAGGGUAAGGGGGGAGAACGACAAGAAGGGGAGGCCCCUCUCGCCAACGCACAGCCAUCGAACUCGGAGGCCAUCCAGGCGGUUCCCGGUGUCAUCGAGGCCGAACCUUCGGCAGACUCGGUGUCACCUCGGCCGGACGCCACCAGCACCACCACUAAGAAGCGCCGCGGAGAGGAAGGGGCCCCUGCAGGCGCGAUGGAUAGCCGAACCGGCUGGGGUGACGCCGAUCCCGCGGCAGCAGAUGGCGGUGGCGCGGACCCUGAACAGGGACGCGGGACGCCCGUGACGCGAGCGGAUCGUGACGAGGAAGGGGCGGAGGGAGGGACAAACCGAAAUGACGGAGGCGUAGGUAGGGGGGAGGGGGUGGCCGGUCAAGAGUCUCUGUUGCCCGGACCGAGCCAAGAGAUCGUCAACCGCAGUGGAGGCGGCGAAGGAACCGGAGUUCCAGGAGAUGCCAGGGAGGCGGUGCCUCUUGCUGCGCCCGCCAACGACAAUCGGUCCCCAGACGGCGUCGACGACAAGCAGGCACGAGGAGGGGGAACCGGCGAAGACGGCCAGCGGGCUGGCCGCAGCAACAACCUUUCAGCCGCAGGAUCCGCCGCGCCCGCGUCCGCGGCAGGGCCAGCCGUGGUGCGCGAGUCCGCGUCGUUGGCGCGGGAGGACGUCGCCGCACAGCUCUCGGUGGAGACCACCACCCUUGGGAGGGCGGCGGGGAAUGGUGAAGGGGUGGGAGCGGGGAAUCCACCACUUUCGCCACCCGGUGGCAGUGCUGUUGAGCGCGGAGGCGUCGAACAAACACGAGGAGGAGGAGGAGGAGGAG